AAUUACUCCUCCCUGCACAUCUUCUCCAUCUGUUCCCCUUUCUCCUUACCCUCUUUCUCCUCCCCUUUCAUGACUUCUUCUCAGCUCUUCUCUCGCUCUUUCACUCCAUGAAAAGAUCACAAUCCGAACACGAACCUCUCUCUCUCUCUCUCUCUCUCUCUCUCUCUCUGAUAGAAAGGCAAUCGCUUUUCUAACAACCAAUUAGCCCAAAAAUCAGAUCUGAUCCGUCUCUUAUUUGGGUUUUUAUAAUAGCUUCAAAAAGGUAGAUAUCAGGCAUACAGAAGGGUCAGCAGAUAGAGAGAGUAUGCCGGCGGGAGUCAUGAUUCCGGCAAGAUACGUGCCGCCGUUAAUGGUGAGGAGUGGAGCGGGAUUUGGGACGUCUGGGCUUACUCUUGGUCAGCCAAACAUGUUAGAGGGCCAACAGCAGCACCUCCCUCACCCUCUUGACAUGACCCUCACUCCCGAAAGCGAAAUGGUAAAGAUGCGAGAUGACGACUUCGAGAGCAAAUCCGGCAGUGAUAACCUCGAAGGUGGGGCGUCCGGGGAGGACCAAGAUCCCAAUCAACGGCCCAGGAAGAAGCGCUACCAUCGCCAUACCCAGCAUCAGAUCCAAGAAAUGGAAGCAUUUUUCAAAGAAUGCCCGCAUCCAGAUGACAAGCAAAGGAAAGAGCUGAGUCGCGAAUUAGGGCUGGAGCCUCUGCAAGUCAAGUUCUGGUUCCAAAACAAGCGCACCCAAAUGAAGACCCAACAUGAGCGCCAUGAGAACACGCAGUUGCGAUCUGAAAAUGAAAAGCUCCGGACUGAAAACAUGCGAUAUAAAGAAGCUCUAAGCAAUGCUUCAUGCCCCAACUGCGGUGGCCCCACAGCCCUAGGUGAAAUGUCAUUCGACGAGCAUCAUCUGAGGAUUGAGAAUGUUCGUUUACGAGAAGAGAUCGAUAGGAUUUCGGGGAUAGCUGCGAAGUAUGUCGGCAAGCCCAUGGUACCGUAUCCUCCAAUCCCACCUUCCAUUCCUCAACGUUCUUCACUUGAUCUUGCGGUUGGGAAUUUCGGGGUGCAGCCAGGAAUUGGUGGGGAAAUGUAUGCUUCAGGCGAUCUCCUUAGGUCAGUCUCAGGGCAGUCAGAGAUAGAGAAGCCAAUGGUUAUCGAGCUGGCAGUUGCAGCAAUGGAAGAGCUUAUAAGAAUGGCGCAGCUCGGAGAGCCCUUAUGGCUGCCGGACCUUGAUGGGUCUGCUGAGAUUCUAUGUGAAGAUGAAUAUGUCCGAACAUUUCCUAGGGGUAUUGGACCAAAACCAUUUGGGCUGAAAUCAGAGGCUUCUCGUGAAUCGGCGGUCGUGAUUAUGAAUCAUAUCAACCUUGUUGAGAUCCUUAUGGAUGUGAAUCAAUGGUCAAGCGUAUUCUCUGGCAUCGUCUCGAGGGCUAUAACACUGGAAGUCCUAUCAACUGGAGUAGCUGGGAACUAUAAUGGAGCAUUGCAAGUGAUGUCAGCAGAAUUCCAAGUCCCGUCCCCAUUAGUACCAACUCGAGAGAGUUACUUUGUAAGGUACUGUAAACAGCAUUCAGAUGGAACAUGGGCAAUCGUUGAUGUUUCAUUGGAUAGUUUACGCCCUAACCCUGUGUUGAGAUGUCGAAGAAGGCCAUCAGGCUGUUUGAUCCAAGAAAUGCCAAAUGGUUACUCGAAGGUUAUAUGGGUGGAACAUGUGGAAGUCGAUGACAGAGCUGUUCACAGUAUUUACAGACCGCUCGUUAACUCGGGUCUUGCAUUUGGGGCAAGAAGAUGGGUCGCCACUUUAGAUCGACAGUGUGAGCGCCUUGCGAGUACCAUGGCCAGUAACAUUCCUGCUGGAGAUGUUGGCGUGAUCACAAGUCAAGAUGGGAGAAAGAGCAUGCUGAAGCUUGCUGAGAGGAUGGUCAUUAGCUUUUGUGCUGGGGUUAGUGCUUCAACUGCUCACACAUGGACUACUCUAUCAGGAAGUGGGGCUGAAGAUGUUAGGGUCAUGACUAGAAAGAGCAUUGAUGAUCCUGGAAGGCCCCCUGGUAUUGUACUAAGUGCUGCAACUUCCUUCUGGCUUCCAGUUCCACCCAAGAGAGUCUUCGAUUUCCUUCGCGAUGAGAAUUCUAGAAACGAGUGGGACAUCCUGUCAAAUGGUGGUGUCGUUCAAGAAAUGGCCCACAUUGCCAAUGGCCGAGAUCCAGGGAACUCCGUUUCUCUAUUGCGCGUAAAUAGCGCGAAUUCAAACCAGAGCAACAUGCUGAUAUUACAAGAGAGUUGCACCGAUUCAACGGGCUCUUACGUAAUUUAUGCACCUGUGGACAUCGUUGCAAUGAAUGUGGUUCUCAACGGCGGUGAUCCGGACUAUGUUGCGCUUCUGCCUUCGGGAUUUGCCAUACUUCCUGAUGGGCCCACAAUUCAUGGAGGAGGAAGUGGCGAGGUGGGGUCCGGUGGAUCUCUCCUGACCGUCGCAUUUCAAAUCUUGGUCGAUUCGGUGCCAACAGCGAAGCUAUCGCUCGGAUCGGUGGCGACGGUUAAUAGUCUAAUAGCUUGCACCGUGGAUAGGAUCAAAGCUGCGGUUACAUGUGACAAGAAUUCGGUCGUCUAACAGAUGGUGAAACAAAGGCAGAGGGUAUUUGGCGAAUGGGAAGUCAAGAACGCACCUCGUAUGCUCCUUGCCACGUGGUACUGGUUCUAAGGAACGCGGUGUGCGCACUUCGCCACCAUGCAAGGGUAUUGGUUCGGGUAUUGACUUUCCCUCACAAGACAUUGUAGCUUGAGAAUCCUUCCACCAUGGCUUUAGAGACUUUCUUUUGCUCCUCUCUCUCUCUCUCUCUCUCUCUCUCUCUCUCUCUCUCUCUCAGUUUCCAUUUUGCAUGGUUUGGUUAUUCAAGAGCUUUGCAAUUAAGGGUUCUCUCAUCUCCCGCACAUUUUGAUUUUGCUUGAUUUUUGUUAGGCAGCGUUUGGAAGUAUCUCAAAUCGAAUUUAGGAGGAAUAUGUUGGUUUUGUGAGUUCAUUUUGGAUUUGCUGCACCUUUGAGUGCGUUUGAGUGGUAAGGAAAACAAUCAAAUUGAGGAAAGUUGUUGUCUCA